CGCGGAACAAAACUUAUAUUUCGAGAACGAGCAUGUAGUUUUUUAACGUGUCAAGUUUUCGUCUCUUUAUCGUUUCGCCUCGUCGUGUGAUUUUGUCAUCCGUCGACUGAAAACACAAACUGCAAUGAUAGUCGACGUGCUUAAUGAGACGCGAUAAUAUCACAGCGCCGUUCACCGGUGGUUGUUGUCAUGGCACUCGGCGUGUUAAUUUUGAAGAGAAAGGCUCGCUGGAUAUAAAAGACGCUAAAAACAAUAAAGAAAGAUACAAAUAGUACAAAAAUCCACGUUCCACUGAAUUUAUUUGUUCGCCGGCAGUGCGCGUCAUUAUUUUUUAUCCUGUCUUCGAAAACGAGUGGGACUUGUUAUUUCAACGCAAACGGUUAACAAACAAAGUAUCAACGGGUAAUGUUUGGGAGCAGCUAAAACAAUCGGCUGUGGAAAGUUACGCCGCAAUACUAGACACGAGUGUUUAUUUCGCCGCGUACCGGAAGGUUAGGCGAGGAGACGCGGCGCAGUUGUGUUUACACGCCGCGCGAGAGCGGACGUCGACCGUACGUAACCUAAAUUCGCAACCGUCAUUCUCUCCCUUUCUCACUUUUCACGUUGCCGUCUCGACAAUGUGAUUGUUUCGCUGGGACACCGCGCGAAUUUUUCCACGCCUCGCCUUCUCCGUAUAUCAAUUUAUAUCAAUCCGCGUUCACUCGGGUCGCGCGGGAAAGCGGUCACGUGGUUGGUCGGGGGAAGGUGUCAUGUGAUCGCGAACUACUUCAGUCGUCUCCCGCCAUUUCGCGCCGGGUCGCCGCGGAAUCGCGUCCGCUCCGCGUUUCUCGCAUCGUCGGCCUGUGAAAAAGUGAAUAUUGCGCGUAGAGUGCCGGGAGUGCCGUUUCGACGACGAGCGAUCGUCCGGGAGUUGAAUCAACCUGCGCGAGUGUGGUGGUAUCGUGAUAUUUACGACCUCGGCGUCGAUCGCGUCGUGUCGCGUCGCGUCGCGUCGCGUUGCUGCUAUACAUUUCGCGACGUUUUCUCGCACGACGAGUGUUUAGAGAAUCGUCUCAGUGACGAGUUCGCAGCACGUCGUGAACGAGUUUGGUUCACUCGCGACGCUUAGCUAAGGAACAAACAGUGUUCGUGUUCGCCAUCUUGACCCGCGUUACCCCGCGAAGUUUGCACCGGGCGGAAGCGCGUCGCACCGCCGCUAGAAGCGUCGCGGGUGUCGAAGUGCGCGGAUUGGAAUUAUCGUUUCUCACGUUGUUUGUUCGUGGAUAAGCAGCCGUCGAGAGAGUCCCGCACCAGGACGGCGACCGACAUCGUCUCGAAUGACCGUCGAUUGUCGUGGUGAAAUAUUUGUGCGCGAUCGGCCGCGUGUCCCAUGUGGACGACUAUCUGAAGCAAUGGCCGGCAGCGAUCAGGAGCUGAAAGGAGCAACAUAGCCAACAGUGACCGGCAGUUGAAAGCGGGAACAGCGCCAGUGACUGCGCAUCGGUCGAUUUACCGUCUCUCGCGAUCGGGGAACGGCGACACGGGGUGGCUCAUCGCGUCGCUUGUCGUCCACGUUAGGGCCGCGAAGAAUGGCGUAAAAGCGGCCACGACCACUUAGUAUGUUAAUGCGAGGUGCAGCUCGUACGUGGCUGAGGGGCUAUUAUUGAUGAUCCCGGCGCGAAGGGGCGAGCCGUAAAAGCGACGACGAGAGCAGAGAGAAAGAGAGCAAGAACGGGCCCUGUGUAAAUAGCCGGUGUAACGCGAGGCUGUAAUAAUCGUCCUGGAUCGUCCCGACGUGGCGCACAGUGAUCUACGAGAAGUUCUGUUUCACUGAGAAAUGGACCGCUCAAGUAGACGUGUGCGCGAUUGAACGCGAUCCUAACCGGUUACACGAGCGAUAAUCGUGAGGGGUCCUCUAUCCACUUGGGCAUUUUCGACGAGGCGCCGCUCCGUUAGCCGACUCGUGUGCAACAUGUUCGGGACGAAAUUGCGCACGUGGAUGGAGGCACACAUCGUGCGAUCGAAAAAGAAGAAGGACCGGAAGAAAGGCGACAAGGGAUUCGACUCGAACUGCAACUCCCCCAGGAGCCACAGCGCCAACAGAUCGCCCGCUUUGCACCAGGUGCACCCGGUGGACUCGCCGUCGAAGAACGUGGACGGUAUUCGGUUGCACGGGGGCAACUACGGCGCGACGGUGACCACGUCAUCCGGCACAUCCGGCGGUACCGGAAGCGUGAGCCUCUCCUCACCAGAGAGUGCGUACUCGACCGGCUACUCGACCGACGGCACCUCACCCGGCACCAGCUUUCCGCCAGAGUAUUAUAUCAACAUCAGAACCGGCACACACUACUUCCAGAGUAGCGGCGGCGGCGGCAGUGGUAGUAACAACAAUAACAACAACAAUAAUAACAACAGCGGCGGCGGCGGCGGCGUCGGCGGCGGCAAAGCGAGGCCGAAGAGGGUGUCGGGCGACGUUGCGAACCCGUCGAGCGCCGCGCCGGGAAAUGGAAGAGUCGACGACAGGGCGCAGUCCGCGAGCACGACGAACAUGACCAGGGACAACGGUCAGCCGGAAGUACGGACGAGCACUCCUCAUAAGAGCGCAGAAACGAAUCAUGCUCCGAGACAGCAGCAUCAACAGCAACCGCAGCAGCAACAGCAACAGUCGAGGCAGCAAGAGAACUCACAUCGCAGGACGGAGUCCUAUUCCGCCGAUUCGUCGAGGAACAGCCUGCCCGUGCCGUCGUCGAUACCGCCGCCGUUGGUCUCGCCUCCGGUGCAAUCGCCCCGCGAGCGAUCCCGUAUCCGGACGAACCCGUGGUUGUCGGCGAACUCCUCCGGCUCCAGCACAAACGGCCUGAAGUCGCGGCUCGCCUUGGAUGAGAGCAGCAGCAGCUCCGGUGGCCUGAAGCUCACGGAGUCAUCCGGAAGCGCCAGCGACGUCAACCUGAACAUGAACGGCAGGGAGCUCCACGGCAGGAGGGAGCAUCGUCAGGAGAGCCUGAGCGCAGGUCGAAGCCCAAUCAACCAAAACUGGAGGAUCACCUCGGGCAUGGAUCUCCGGCCGAAGAUCCCUCUGGCGCUGCAACGGCGCGCUAGUAGCAGCAGCUCCUCGGUUUCCUCGGUGACGCGCAGCGUGCGCUCGUCCGAGGACGACAUCACGCUCAACGAGAUGAUGGGUAAGUUCGACGAGAGCUACGUGUACGAGAAGGAGACGGACAUCCUGUCGGACAGCGAUCCAACUGACUGCGAGGACUACAUAGACUCGUUGUCGGACAUCGACACUGGCCAGGACGGCGGCGACGAGAACGACCCGUUCGAGAACGACGAGCUCGAUUACAUCGACAACGGCUCCUUCCUCGAUCUGAACAGUCUCGAGUGCGGCGGACACUUCCCCAAUACGGGCCAUUGUACCUACUUCGCGUUCACCAGUGAGCUCAGUCGGCGCGGCACCAGGCUUCGCGACUCUUUCCUGAAACGUAGGACUAAGGACGAUCUGAUUUCUCAGAGAAGCGCAAGCGCGAGGAACAGCGCGAAGAGGCAAAGCACACGGCACAAGAAGACGGAUGACAGCAAGCAGAGCGAGAAACGCAAGAAGAGGAUAUCGCAGCGUCGCAAGGCGAACUUCGACAAGUGUGACGACGAGACGGCGAAUUUGAACCGUGUGCUGGUCGAGAGGAUGCUGCUAAAAAACUCGGGCUUCAAUCAGGGUAGCAGGAGCGUGGGCGGCACACCGAUGUGCCUACGACGUAAGAAACACGACGUCAACAAGAAUCUCUCGCCGAUGAGACUGAACGGCAACUCGUCGGUCAUCAGACCCGCCGUGAUGGAGAAUGAAGUCGUGAAGAGACGAUCGAACUCGGUGAGUUACGUGAACGGCAAUCUCGUAAGACGCCACGUAGCCGGCAACACGUACAUGACCACGUUCGCCUCGGAGAUCGCGCUGAUCGAGGCGGAUAAGGAGGCCGACCGCAAGUACCGCGAGCUUAUCCUCGAGGCGGAAAACAUCCUGGUGAGUAUGCAGAAGUACCAGAACCCGUCGCCCUGCGUACCGUCGCCGUCGCGGAAGCUGCACAACGGCCUUGCGAACAAGCGGGUUGAGCUGAUCAAGAACACCGAACUGAACAUCGAACUGGCGCUGUCCAAAAGCCGCAACUCCCAGCCGGAGUUACAGAGCGGCAGCAUCCGGGAUCUAGAGCAUACCAGUCCCAAGCGACAAUUUCCUCAGCCUUGCUCCCCAAUCCAUCGGUUCAUGGAGAGAAAUUCUCCAGCUGGAGUAGGUUUCCCGCCGAAAGAGCCGCCAGUCUACCGACAGGAACUGUCAAAGUGUCCGGACUCACCGGUCGUGUCGCGUCGGACACCUCAGGGCUCGCCCAGUAGAAGUCUGAUGCAUCACCAAGUACAUCGAGCGCGCAACACUGACGCUGAUUCAGAAGCCAAGGAAUGCAACAGGACUCGGGUUGCUUUGAACUGCAACGGUGGACUGAGAUCGGAGGCAACAGUGGACGCGAAAAACUCCCUCGGCAGCAAGACGCACACCGUGAUGUCGCAGGGUUCUCUUGCCGCUAGCAGGAAGGAUUUUCGCGCCGCCAGAGCACCGACCAAAGAGGAAGGAGUGACGUCCAGCUCGUCAGACUCCGAGGAGAAGUGCGACGUGAGGCGAAGAGCCCCUUUGAUGACUUUCAGAUCAGUUGAUAUGGGUCCCAUUAAAGAAGGCUCUUCUUAUUGUCCACAAAGUGAGCCGGUGAAAAGAAAAGUGUACGCCGGAAGCACGACGUAUGGCAGAAUACAAAAGACUUUGGGCGAGCACGUUAUGCUGAGGAACUCCGACGGCGAUACAGCAACCGAUGAUACUGACGACUCGAGGAGGUCCUUGAAGGAGAAGGUGGCGCAACUGCGGCAAGAGCGACUGGCGGCCGAGGCAAACGUGAACAACGCUCAGGACUCGCAGUUCUUCCAGCAUCAAUUGUCGCAACUACGACGACAAAUGCUGAUGCAAACGAUAGAGGGCCUGAAGCGCAGUCUCGAGGAUCAGUCGGCCACUCUGAAACAGACCUGCCUAGAGCCGGUACUGAGUGACGAGUUACCUUGAAGCGACCGGUCCGGCGUACCGCGCCGCGCGACCGCGACUGACGAAUUUCUGCGACGCCACUCCGCUCACCCCCGCCUUCGCUCGUCGAGCACAGGAUCGAACGCGAGUCCUGUUCUUGGCGAAAACGCGGGAUUGGUCGGGCCGCCACACGUUGUCGGGAGUAUUGAUCAAACGCCGAUGUCGUUCUAUCUGUGCGCGUCGGCUACUUCCGACAUGAUCCUCGGACUUGACGAUGCCGGGGUCGGCUGAGCGCCAGCGCGCACGUCAAAUUUCUAUUUUUCUGUCCGUCUAUAUGGAGAGAGAUAAAAGAAAGUGAAGAAAGGGCAAUUUAAAGAGAAUCGAAAUAGAGAGAGAGUGUCGUGUAUUCUCACUGGGCAUUGUUCUCCGCUCUGUUGUUUGUUUCACGCGAUAGUAACGUUUCUCACGAAUCGUUUCUUCAUUUUUCGUUGAUUAAUUUGCAAUUUUGUACGGGCAGACCGACUUCCGGUUGUUGUUAGGUAAUUAGUUCUCGCCAGCUUGAUUCUCGACGCUCGAUCCGUCGUUGUCGUCAUCGCAGCAGCGCUCGCUCCGAAACUUCCCUCCGGAACGAUGAUAAACGGGAGACUCCCGCGAAUCGUUGGACACGUCCCGGAACACGCUAACGCGAAAUUAUUAUAUAGUUAACAUCACCGAGUAAUAUACUGUAAUGAUACUUAAUAUAUUAUUGUCGCUAUAUUAAGAGACUAAUUAAUAAUAAUUAACAUUUUUUCAAGUAAAUAGGGCAAUGUGUAAUAUCGAUCGCAUUAGCAUAUAUUGUUACGAAAUUCACGAUAGUUACGCGAAGGGGAAAGAAGAAAGAAAGAAGUAGGGCGCUUUAAUUCGAAACUAGAAUUUCCAACGAUCCUUCCCGUUAGCGUUCCGGGACGGAGCUUGGACUAGACUUAGACUUGAACAUCUAACGGGCCUAUUCACGGGUGUCUCUUUAGUAUAUAGCUCUAAGAAACAAGAAAAUAUAGUAAAAGAGCGAGAGAAAAUUCGCCAAAAGCACACGCGAACGAGUAUUGUGUCAGUAUCAAAACAAACGUAGUACUUAGCGUAUCCAUCUAACGAAAGUAGAGGAUCACGUUUAGCCUACACGUAGUGGGUAGGUGAUACCAAACAUAUGUAAUCGACUUAGAUAUUAGGAAAGAAGUCAAACAAUAUGUGCCCAAUGAAUACGGCCCAGUCUCGAUCGAAGCGACCGGAGAAGGAUAGCACUGCUCCUCGACGUUAACUGACUCGAAUUCGCGUAAUCUGUUGACUGUUUGAGUCUCAUGAAGAGAAGCUGAAUUCCCAUUUGUAAGCACCCUAAGCAAGAUGUACAUUUAAUCGCGUUUACGAUGAAUAUAUAUUGUAUAACUAAUUUUUAUAAUAUAUUUCAUAAGAACGAAGAUUGAGGCUCAAAGAUUGUCACACAUAUGCACGCAAAUGAUGCGUACGUACAUAUGUGAGCACAAAUGAAGUAAAUGUCAAUACGAAGUAAAUGAGAAAAUCUAACGCGUUCGAGAUCAGAACACGAGUCAGCGCGGUUCUUCCUAGACGCUUUCGAUUUCCCCAAUUUGAUCUGUCAAGCAAAGUAUAACGUAGUAUGUGGCGCAUGUACCUUUCACUCGCGGAUUGGACGUUAUUAUACGAAAGAGGCAAUCGCGAAAUGGACUCUUCUCCAUUUCAAGAAGCCAUACCUUCACUUCCUUCCUCUUUUUCCACUUUCCUUUCAAAUUCUUGUUUUUUGUCGUCUCCUGCGUCCAAUCCAGAGCAGCAUCUGUAAACGUCAUCUGUUUUAACAAUAUCAGUCUUUGAGCGAGUUCUUGCCGAAUUAUUUUUUAAGCGCGCGAAACGAGGACUGCUCACUCCUCGUGAUCGCUCCUCGUUCGUUCGCGAGAUGAAAGACAAUGGAUACCGUGGAAAUCAGCCAGCUUACACAUAUUACUCAUAAUGUUCCUAUUUCUACGCGAAUAUUCGUAGCCCUCGGAAGCGAGAUCCCCCGGUGAACGAUCUUCCUCGUCACCUCUGUCUCUGAUAGACUAAGUACCCUCCGGAUUAGUAUACCAAAGAGACGGUAGCUUAGUUAGAUGGUAGAUUAGAGCCGUUGUUUAACCGAUCAAAAAAAGAAAAAAAAUACACACCGAUACAUAUUCGUAAUAUUAGAGGAUCACGUUUAGGGCGUUUCUAGAGCCUCGAUUUGCUAGUAGAAUAAUUGUUCGAGUUAUGUCAAGCGGAUUACAAAUCUUCCAUGCAUGAGCCAGAGUCAAGUACUUCAUUCCAAUAUUCGCAACGUGUUUGUACGUGUUCGCGUAUCUUAUCUUCCUCCUCUCUCUGUCAAGUGAAGUUUAUUUUUUUCUCAAUCGAUUGGAAUAUGUACGGUUGAUCUUUUUUUCCAACAAAGAAGAUACAUUUGUUUGAAAAUAUAGCAAAUUUUUAUCUAAUUGCGUUUAUUUAUCUAAUUACUUUUAUUCGUCAAAUUUAUCGGCUCGUGAUAUUUCUGACUCUGGUUAUCAUCGAUAUGAUACUUUCGGUCAUAGUGAUAUUUUUGUGAGAAUAGACUGAUAGCGUUAUCAAUUGUUAGAUUAAAGGGAAAAAAAAAGAUCUUUAGUGGUUACUUACUUACAUGUGAUUUAUAUGUUAAAAACAAAAGAGAAGGAAAAAAGGAGAAGAGAUUCUUCGAGAAGGGCGGAUUGUAAUACGCACACACGAUAUAUUUAUUUGUGUUAGAUAUUAGGAAGCAUAGUAAAUGAAAGCAUUAGGCGAAAAUAUAGCGGCAGUAGAGUUAGUGCAUUAGGCAGUUGUCGAGUAAAAUCGAAAUUAUGUUUUUCCAUUUCUUUUCGUUCGUUCGAGUCGACGUUUUGUCCAUGCUUUUCGUACACACGUCUCUCUGUCGUCUGUUUAUCUCUCGAGAAAAAAAAUCGUGAUUUUCUUUUUUAGCUUAUCGUGGAGACGGACUGCGAGGAUUACUUUGAUCGUGAUCAAAAGUUUUCGGCGGUAUGCGGAACUACAACUGUCGUUAAGUGUGCUGUCGUUGUUCCCCGAGAGUUUUAUACUUGAGAUAUUGUAUAUAAUAUAAUUUUUAAUCCCGCCCCUACCCGUGAAAUAUUUUAGUUUUGUAAUCGUAAGGCGAAUUUAUAACGUAGUGCUAGUUUCAAUGAAUCUUUUAUUUUUUUUCUUUUUUCGUUCGUUUCUUUUGCGCGAUUGCAUCGACACAUUCCAGGAGAGUGCGAUUUAGGUUUUUCGGUGCGUUGGAAGUAGAGCAGUUGUCUGGAUUGAUCCCACGGUCAUUCGGUCGUUGGUGAAAUCGUCGGCACGAUUUCAGCAUGCCCUUGCCCCGCAAAGCGACACUAGUCACUCGGUUAUUUACGCAGGGUAUAUAAAUUAAAUCGCCAACUCCGAACAUGCUUGGAGGAGAAGCGGAAUUAUUGUUAUCGCAAAACGAUAUCUCUUGUGUACGGAGCCAUUUACGAAAUAAAAUGGUUUUUUUAUAUGAUUAUGAAUAAAUUAUAUUAUGUCGUUGGA